AGCACUGUUGAGUUUUUCAUUGGCAAUAAUCGUUCACAACCAGUUCUGCUUCUCAAGGAAGCCUUAUCACCAAGAGGAAGAUAUGAUUUGCUUACGAAAGCUGAUGGUGUGCUGCCACUAGAGGGUUCCACACAUGUCAGUAUAGCAUGUGACGGUAAACCAUCAAGGUUAUGUUACUUGACGUUAUUAUCUACUGUAAAGCAUGGUGUUCGGGUAAUCACCAUUAAAGAUAGAUACAUAUUUGUCAAUAAAUCGAAAGAAGAUUUAUCUCUGAGAACAGUAGCUAUUGUAGACAGUGAUACAAAGUUUGACAAAAGCAGUCUGGUCCCCAAAAUCCAGAUGGUUCCAGCUAGCCAAUCAGAUUCAAGUGCAUCUGUACAAGCGAUUGAGUUUUGGGACGUGCCGAGAUACGACCAAUCACCUCCAAGCAUGAACCACGUGCAAUAUUUAUCAUUUACAUUUGCAAAUAUUGGAACAUCGAAGAAGAGUUGGAGAAAUUGGACCCAGUUCGUUCCAAUAGAUACAAAGUUACCCAGGCAUUCUGUUGCCAUGCCAAUCAGGAAUGUUGACCAAUCAAAUGGUAGCAUAGACAGGAAGGACCCCCUAGCUUAUGUAGUAACUGUCAUGGAAGCUAAUGGUGUAGUUUACAUCAUGGUGGAUGUCAACCCAAUGCCGAGAAUUAUAAUUCAUAAUAAUUGUUCUUUUCCACUUCAUUAUGGUCAAGGUCUGAUUCAAGACUGUACCGAAGAAAUGGUGACAGUUGUGGAAGAACAGGAUAUGUUGUCACCCUUGCCACUGGUGGAGGCGCAUAGGUCAACUUGUUAUGAAUUCCCACAUGUGCAGUCGCAGUUUCCGCAGUUCAACAACCAGAACCAGAUUCAACCAAAACUUCAUAUCUGCAUUGCGAGAGACCUUGAUACUGUCUAUCUCAAACAGGAAGAAAAAGUGGAGCAAUGGAGUGAUGAAAUUAAUAUUGGUGAAUUUGGAGGUCAAAGGUCAGAGAUCAUGAUUCUGUCUCACGGAGGUUACGUGUUUGUUAAUAGCAGGACAGUUGGUGCUUGUACACAUGUUUUCAUCGAAGAACUCAGUAUGGAGGGACAGACAGGUCAGAGGUCGAAGCUGGGUGUUCCCUCCCUGCUGCGUCAAGAGACUGAAGCAGAGUCACCAAUGGAUAUCACUAUAGAGGGCAGUGUAAUGGCUUCUCGGGUCUGUUUUGUUCUCAUGGACGAAUUACAUAAUCGAGUGUCGAGUACAGAAGUUUUGCGAUUCAUGAUGGACGAUGUACAUCUUGCGUAUUUCCCAUUGGUUAAACCAGAUCACCCAACAACUAUGCAGCAGGGGGUGCAGUUUGCUGUCAGAACAGCGCAGAUUGAUAAUCAGCUGUUCCAACAGGGUGCAUUUGAUUUCCCUGUGUUGUUGAUGGCACAGCACAAGAUCCCGUCCAGAGACGAAUCAGAGUUUGCUGUUCUACCAAUCAGUGCGGCCUCGGAGCACAGUUAUCAAACCAGUAUCUUUGCUGUAAGACUAAUCUUUGAGAUGGACCAGUUCAGAUCUGUCUCGUGCCUCCAUGACGUUACAGUGUCUGUGAAACCAUUGACGCUCUUCAUGGAGGACCAGUUCAUAUACCAGAUGGUCAGGGUGAUCAGCAGCUACAAAAUACCACACGAACUGAAACAACCAAUCAAAUCUAAGUUUCCAAAGUCAGGUGAUCAAUUGGAGCCAAUGAGGUGGAAGGAUGUCCCGGCAGAGGCCAAAAGUCUCUCAUUGGCUCUGAUUAACCCCUUAGCUGUCAAUCAUCUUCGGAUAAAGCCGCUUACGAUUCUUGCCAGUGCACAUGCAUCUCUGAAGGUUUAUCUGGCGUCGGAUCACACUUCUCUGUCUUUUGGACAAUUCCGAUGCGGUCCAGUAUUUACGACAACGAGACAGUUGGUGCAAUGUCUAACGAUGCACUAUGCGUCAGGUGCUCUCUUUAAAGCGGUUGAGCACGUGUGUAUUGGCAUGUCCUCCAGUGAGAAGAUACGACACAGUGUGUUCUAUGUUGCUUGGGUGCACACCAGUGUUCUAUGUAUUUCUAUGGACACUGUGCGAACUGCUGUGGAACGCCAGUCGAAGAACUGGUGA